UGUUUUUGUUGUUGUCGCUAUUGUUGUGUACUCAGUUAAUGCAAUGUGGUGAACUUUGAAACUUAGGACCUGUGCAAUAUUUUACCAAUUUGUCUUAACAUGUUUGUGCGGGGGGGUUGUAUAUAUUUCAGCACCUCCUCAGUGGACAGCGCUGCUGUCGAUUUACAUUAUAUUUUAUUCUUCUUUUUCUUGAAAUGUAUGCUUCUGUUAAUGCUUAUUUUGGACUCUAAGAGCCGCUGUUGGUCAGUGAAAUACUUUAUGUGAAGUAGGCUUGCCUCACAGUAAACCAUGGCACCACCCCAUCAGUGCGUGCUGCGACGCAGCAGACUCCUCUGUUUCAUUUGUUACGGGUUGGUGAGAGGGUGACUGUCUAUUUUCUUCCAAACGAAUGCAAAACGUUUUUGUAAUCUUGCCUUGGAAUAUGCUUCUGUCAUAUAGGAAUAUUUAUGGUGAACUUGCUUGCUAAUCAGUAUGGCUGUUAAGGAUUUUUAUCGAAAUGGAUGCGUUCAAUGGCGUGUUUUCUUCCAACCGCAGUGGCAAGUAUUGUUUUUCAUCUCGUGUUACAUUCCUUUUACCAUAUCUCAAAUCCGCUACUCCAUCCCUGAAGAAAUGAGUAAAGGCUCGCUUAUUGGUAAUGUAGCACAGGAUCUGGGGCUCGAUAUAAAAAGGCUUCGAAUGGGUCGUGCGCGUAUCGUUACCGGAGAAAGCACUCAGUACGCAGAGCUUAGAACAGACAAAGGGAUUCUAGUCGUGAGUGAGAGAAUAGACCGUGAACAGCUUUGCGGUGACAUCACGCCAUGCAGCUUCAGCUUCGAGAUCAUUCUUGAGAACCCAAUUGAACUGCAUCAGGUAACCGUUGAAAUCAUAGACGUUAAUGAUAAUUCUCCUGUAUUUGAGAAAAGCAAAAUUCAUUUUGAAAUAAGCGAAUCUGCAACAACUGGUUCACGUUUUGCAUUAGAGAGUGCAUAUGAUGCUGAUGUAGAAUUGAAUUCAUUGCAAAAUUAUGUUCUUACAAGGAACAAUUAUUUCGUUCUAAAACAACACUCAAAUCCAGACGGAAGUAGGUAUGUUGAAAUGGUUCUUGAUAAAGCUUUAGACAGGGAGGAGCAUCCUAAUCUAUCUCUGAUGCUGAUCGCUGUUGAUGGCGGAAACCCGCAGAGAUCUGGCUCUGUUAAUAUAGAUGUUACUGUUUUAGAUGCGAAUGAUAACGCGCCUGAGUUUAACCAGACUAUUUAUAGCGCGUAUGUGAUAGAAAAUGCACCAAAGGGCACUUACAUUACUACCGUUAAUGCCACAGAUGCAGAUAGUGGGUCAAACGGACACAUUACGUUUUCAUUCUCUGACCUGAAAGAACAUUCGAGAGAUAUGUUUAGCAUUGAUGAAAACACUGGCUUGGUGUCUGUUUUAGGAAAUAUUGAUUUUGAGAAAGAAAAACGUUUUGAAAUUAGAGUCAAAGCGACAGACCAAGGAGGGUUGACUAGUACAAGUAAGCUUGUAAUUGAAGUAGGGGAUGUAAAUGACAAUGCGCCCGUAAUCAACCUCAUGUCUCUCUCGAGCCCUGUAGCAGAGGAUGUGGCUCCAGGUACAACAAUUGCAGUGCUUAAUAUAAAAGAUUUUGAUUCUGGGAGAAAUGGACAGGUUGCGUGCUUUAUUAAUGAAAACCUUCCAUUUAACAUCAAAUCAUCCCUCACUAACUAUUAUAAUUUGAUCACAGAUUUCCCUUGACCGUGAAACUCACUCAGAAUAUAAUAUAACAGUGACCGCAAGGGAUUCAGGUUCACCUGCACUUUCGAGCUCAACGACACUACGCCUCAAGGUUUCUGACAUCAAUGAUAACGCACCAGUUUUCGAUCGAGGUAGUUAUU